AUGGUAGAUACCAACUUGAAAUUCUGGUCGACGCUUGUCUUCGCAGCAUUCAAAAGAAGACCUGAGAAUCCAGUAUUUGGGUACAAGAGAAAUGUGAUAAAGAUGAGAAAUGCCCAUGGCAAACGAAUUGAAUCUUUAUUGAAGAAACCAGAUCUUCACGUCGUUGAUUUGGAAUUAGAUGGUACUCUAGAAACAGCUCAUGUGAGUCGAAUCAGAGAACUUUUACUCAAGGAUGCUCGAGCUCCCACAGACUCAACACUAAGAAUAUUUCGUAAUGGUAAAGUUCCCAAACAAGGUCAAAAACAAGAAAUUUCUGAUUGGAAGUACAGCUCAUUAUUAUUCAAAAAUGCUCUGAAUCCGAAGUAUGGACUCCCGUUAUCUAAAUUAAACGCUCAUGAAGAUUUCCUUAUGAAUAAAACUAUACUACUGGAAAGUGAAAGCGGGGAGGAAAAAUUAGAUCGUAUAUUAUGGCCAUCUGCUGUCUUUUCUCACUCAUGUCGAGGUAUCGGCAUACCGACAGAGACCUAUAGACAAUACAGGGAAAAAUAUGGUACUGAUGAUAAGAUCCCAAAACUAGUCAAUCCACUCCCCGGUGAUCCAUUUUUGAAGCUGUACCCUGUAGAUUUCGUACCGUCAGAUUUUCAAGCUGUAGGGCUUUUCCCCAACUAUGUGGAAACUCACAAAAAUGUCUUCAAAGGAUUUGAUCUCUUCGGCGCCCUUGUCAAAUCGAGACUUUGUACAGAGUCUGAAAUCAAGUUGAUAAAUCAGCGUGUAAUAACAAAGGAAAAACCUUCAUCCUAUACUCCCUCCUCAGAUAUAGAUCUCAAAGGCGUGGAUGUACAGGACCACCGUGAUAGCAACAAUCUACAAGUGGAGACGAACCUUAACAAUCUAAACAAAUGGACAAAAGUUUCAAAAGACUACCAAUCAUUUUGGAGUGCUAGAGGUAUACCUAAUAAAAUAAUUCCUGCAGAUAUUUUACGUUGUCUUUUUCUCACUAAAGACAUAACGAUUAGUCAAAUGAAGGAAGAAUUUUGCAAGCAUUACAUUUUAUUUUCCAUCUUUUCACAAGCAUGGAGAAUUGAUAGAAAAUUCAAUAACAAAGAUCCAAACUUUUCGGAAUCAUCCUUAGAUGUUCCUUGGAGGCCCUGGGAUCUCUACAUCUUGAAGAGAUCUCAAGAGAUUAGCGCCAUCCCCAUUCCCACUACCCUGGAAGAAUUUUCCGAUGUGAAAUUACAAUUCGAUCAGUUUCUAAGUGAAUUUUUCAGUUAUUAUGCGUUGAUAGUCUCUGAGAUGAAAGCUGAGACGGAUUCAUUUUUCCAACCUACUGAAUCCCAUUUACCAAGAAUGGUACCUGUGAAGCAAGUGCUUAGAAAUAUUCUUCUAGAAAAUCAAUGGGUUCAGACUUUAUACCCAAAUUUGCACACACACAUGAAAAAUCGAUUCCAAUGGAUCCAUAGUUCGAAUUAUUUGGCCGUACCUACUACCACGGAAAUGGACGAAAAAACCCGUCAAUCGAACGAAAAGCUUCUUACCAUCGUACGUAUCAUCUCGGAGUUAGAAAGUGAAUCACGUCAAAAUCAAUUGGGUGAACGUGGUGGCAUCUAUGUAGAUCUCAAGACGCCAGCAUCCAAUUGGAAGAUCGUCAUUGUGAAUAACAGCUUAACAGAUCCUGAAGUGCGUCGACUUCUCAAAUUUAACAGUGACCUCGGCCUACAGUUUACUCAAAAUCUGGAAUAUUCGAGAAAUGAAGACGGUUGGUCCUGUCAGAAGAAAAAGAUGUUGGAUCCUGACACCUAUAUUUACUUGUACCACAACGAAAAGCAUUUGGAAUCUAAUAAGGAUCUAAUAGAUGACAUCAUCGAUAGAUUUGACCAACAAGCGGAUAAGAACUAG